AUGCCAACCACGGCCGCCGCACGGUCCUUCUUCUCAUCGCUAGCACCGCCUUAUCUCCUCCACGAUGGAUCGCGGACCACGGUCGCCUCCUUCCCGCUUGGAUCUCCUCCUACCGUCGCCCUCUCCCUCUCGGUCUCCGCCUCCGCCCCCACCUCGCCGUGGGCGCCGGCGGCCAACCCCAAGUACCACAACGCGAAGGUGGACGCGGGAGACGAAGACGUGGACGGGGGAGAUCUGCUGCGGCAGUUCACGCGGGAGGUGGGGCGAGCCGGCGUCAUGCACGAGGUCAGGCGGCGGCGGUGGCACGAGGACGCGCGGGACAAGCGCAAGCGAAAGUCCCGCGACGUCGCAUGGAGGCUCAGCCGCAGGCGUUUCAAGGGUCCAUAUCCAUUUGACGAUGAGCAGGAGUCGAAGGAGGGAACCACCGACGAUGAUGGGCGUGACAACUGGGAGCUUCCUGGGGGAGAGUUUCCUUCUUUCAGAUGA